AUGACUUAUCCUUCAUAUCAAACAGUUCUUUUUCUAGAAGAUGGUACAUUGUAUCAUGGUUGGUCUUAUAUAAAUUCCUGCUUAUCAAUAGGAGAAAUUGUAUUUAAUACCGGCAUGACAGGUUACCAAGAAAUUAUUACUGACCCAAGUUAUUCACAACAAAUUAUUACAUUUACUUAUCCGGAAAUUGGCAAUACUGGCGUAAAUCAUGAAGACAAUGAAUCAAAUCAAAUACAUGUCAAAGGAAUAAUUGCAAAAAACAUAUCUUAUCAAGCUAGUAAUUGGAGAAAAAAUCAAUCUUUUAUAGAAUAUAUUUUAGAAUAUAAAAUACCUCAUAUUUUUGGUAUAGAUACUAGAGCACUUACUAAACAUCUGCGCAAGAAUGGUGUAAUGAAUGGCUGUAUUUCGAAUAAAAUUUUAGAUAUAAAUCAUCUAAACCAUAUUCUUAAUCAAUCUCCUUCAAUGCAAGGAAGAAAUUUAUCGAACUUAGUAACAACAGAUAUCUCGUAUAAAGCAAAUAUGAUGCAUGUCAGAUACAAAACAUAUGCUUACAUUAAUCACAAAAAACACAACCUGCACAAAGAAUCAAUAAAUAUCGUAGUUAUAGAUUUUGGGGUAAAGUAUAAUAUUUUAUCAAGAUUAGCAGACUAUGGAUGCAAUAUUAACGUAGUACCAGCAAAUAGUACAUAUAGUGACAUUAAAAUAUUAAAUCCAGAUGGUAUCCUUUUGUCUAAUGGUCCCGGUGAUCCAUCAUCCAUGAUUAACUCAAUAAACAAUCUUAAAAUAUUGAUAGAAGCUGUACAUAUACCUAUCUUUGGUAUUUGCAUGGGGCAUCAAAUAUUAAGUUUAGCAUUAGGAGGAAAAACAUUUAAAUUAAAAUUUGGUCAUAGAGGUUUGAAUCAUCCGGCAGGUAUUCAUCAAAAAGCCGAAAUUACAAGUCAAAACCACGGUUUUGCUGUUAGAAUUAAUUCUUCAAUUUCAGACUUGUUAGCAAUUACACAUUUUAAUUUGAACGACUGUACCGUUGCAGGCAUAUUACACAAAAAUAAACCUAUAUUUUCUGUUCAGUAUCAUCCAGAAGCAAGUCCCGGACCGCAUGAUUCGGAUUAUUUAUUUAAUCAUUUUUUUCACUUAAUAAAGCUCAUAAAAUAUAAGUAA